GGCGCCGAUCCGGCAGACAAAAGAGGCUGUAGCCCAAUGCCUGCUGUGACUAUGCCUUCAGUACUUUUGGCUGACUCAAUCGCUGUUGAGCUGGGCGCCAACCAGCCGUGGCCCGAUGAUGCUAAGUUGCUGCAGUCUUUCGAAAAGUCCCAGGUACUUCUCCCUGAAAGUACGAGUUCACUGGGCGUCCAGACAUUCCUGCGGAUGGCCGGCCUCGACCACGAAGUGGAAAUGCGUCCCAACGUAGAAAGCAUUUCGCCCUCGGGCAAUGUGCCGGUGCUCAAGUGUGGUCCAUUCGUCAUUGCCGAGAUGGACUCCAUUGUGGCAUUUGUCAAUACAAAGGGCAUCCAGCUCACCCAGAACAUGUCUGUGCAGCAGAAGGCUGACAUAAGGGCUUACAUGUCCUUAAUCAACACCGUGCUGGUGAAUGCCGAGCUUUACAUCUGUUGGGCCAAUGACGCAACUUACGAUAAGGUGACAAAAUCACGGUAUGGUUCGGUGUAUCCAUGGCCCCUCAACCACAUUCUGUCCUUCCGAAAGAAAAAACAGAUUCUGGCCAAACUCUCUGUUUGUGAGUGGAGUGAAAAGUCAUUAGAAGAGGUGUUUGAAGAAGUCCAGUCUUGUUGUGCUGCACUGUCUGAACGCUUGGGCCAAAGCGAUUAUUUCUUCGGAGACAAAAAAAAGUUUUACAGUUCACAAGCACCCCCCCAGAGCAUUGGGAUGCAAUCAAGCCUAGGUGAUGCACCUGAUCCUCAGGCCGAGUGAACUGGAUGCACUGACCUUUGGUCACCUGUAUUGCCUAAUGACGACGGAGCUUCUGGAUGGUCGGUUGGGCCAGAUUGUCAGUGUAUUUAAGAAUCUUGUCGACCUGUGCCAUCGAGUUGAAUCGCAGUACUUUGCUGAUUCAUAGCUCACAGCUUGAAAUCAUGAUGACACUGCACCAGAAUAAAUGCAACCAAGUUUUAUUUC